AUUGGAAAAAAUUGUAAUGAAACAUGAAAUUGAUUGAAAUAUUUAGCUGUUGAAGAUAACAGUGUACGUUGUGUUUAAUGUAUUUCACAGUAAUAAAUAACAUUGAAUAAAAUAGUAUAGAGCAAGGGUGCCCAAACCCAGGCCCGCGGGCCACGAAGUGGCCCGUCAACGCUUUUGGAUUUGCCCGCCAACAUCUAUACUCUAUAGUCUAUGACAUUUUAAAUUAUUAUUAAUAUUUCUUUUAAGUUUAAAUUUUGUUGUAUAUUUUAUUUUAUAUACGUGUGUGUAUCAAAUUAGCACUAGGACCAUUCCACACAGCAAUGUUAUCGGGUUUUCCUGUGAUGACCGGAUGCGUUUUACCCGAACCCGCAUUUGUCGCAAUGUUAAUCGGUAUUAUUUUUAUGUUUAUAGAUUAUCUUGAUUGUCCGUCGACGUAGUCGUCGUAUAUCGGCGAAUUAAGAUAAUAAAUUGUUAUUCGAAAUAUUGUACAAACAGCGACCAAAAUCAGUCGCUCCGCACCCGCCUUUUGCUACGGUCGUAAAAAUAAUACGUACAACUUAAUAAAUAUUAAAUUAUUUUGUAAUAAUUGCGUUUAUUCUGUGUUUUUACUUGUUAAUUUUAAGCCAGAAUGGCUCUCAGCAAACCAAUUACGUCGAAAUUGAAAGAACGUUCUCGGACAUUUCACGAAGAAUGGGAGAUGCAAUAUUGCUUUACUGAAAGCAAAGCAUUGAAGCCCAUAUGUCUUAUUUGCUCCACUACGAUUGCCGUCGCCAAAAAAUAUAAUUUAGAACGGCAUUUUAAACAAAAUCAUUCAAGUAUUAAUAAAAACUACCCGGAAGGAAGUUCUCUAAGAGCUGAGUUUAUAAAGAAGAAAAAAAAAGAAAUAUUUGGUCAGCAGAAUUUAUUUGUAAAAAAAUUUGAUGAACUCGAAUCUAUGGUAAAAACAUCAUAUGAGAUAUCUUUACUUUUAGCCAAAAAUAAAAAGCCUUUUUCUGAUGGGGAAAUUAUUAAAGAGGCUUUAUCAAUUUUUUCUAAUAACUGUAAUGAUAAAAAUAUAAAAACUAAAGCAGACGGUAUUUCACUUUCGAGAAAUACUGUAACAAGACGAGUAGAGGAGAUGUCAAACGAUAUUAGCAACCAAAUAACACAAACCGUAACGAAAUAUUUAUUAGAGCUCAGCCAGUUGGAAACUACAAGUACCGGAAGAGACAUAUUUAUGAAAAUCAAGGAAUGUGUCGACAGAAAAGGUAUAGCAUGGGAAAAAAUUAAUUCUGUUUGUACUGAUGGAGCACCCGCUAUGACGGGAAAAAUAAAUGGUUGUGUGGCCUUGUUAAAACAGUUCUUAGGCCGGGAAUUAUUUUCAUAUCAUUGUAUCAUCCAUCAGGAAGCUUUAUGUGCCAAAGAUAUGAAGUUUAAUGAUGUUAUUGAUCCUGUAGUACGCUGUAUUAAUUAUAUCCGAGCCAAAGCUCUUCAUCGAAGACAAUUCAGGGUUUUAUUUGAAGAAGAAAUCAAUGAAUUCGGUGAGUUACAUUUGUAUUGUGCUGUCCGCUGGUUAUCUAAGGGUGAAAUGCUGAAACAUUUUUUUCUUUUGCGGAGAGAGGUCUUGCAAUUUUUAGUAGAAAAGCAGGCAAUGCCUGAUGAGCGAGAUUUACUUGAAAGUGAAUCAUGGUUAUGCGAUCUUGCGUUUUUAAUAGAUAUUACACAGCACCUCAACAUACUUAACUGGAAGCUGCAAGGGAAGGACUGUUCGUUACCAAUAAUGUUCAAUUUGGUUUAUGGAUUUAAAGCGAAACUCUCCCUUUUUUUGACAAAUUUGACUAGAAAUAAUAUCGAUCAUUUUCCUACGCUUGUAGAUAUAAGAGGAAAACUAGAAAAUACUUCACCUGACAUCUCGAAAUAUCAAACACAAAUUCAAUUAUUGUUGCAGUCUUUUGAGAACAGAUUUCAGGAUUUUGAGAAGGACAAAAAUAAUAUUUUGUUUUUCAUGAACCGAUUUUCAAUCACUUUUAGUGAAAUACAAAAAUAUUCAUGCAAUAUCCAGUUGGAAAUCACAGAAAUUCAAAACCACGUUUCCUUGAAGCAGAUAUUUACCGAAAUUGUAUCAUCACAACCACAACUGCAGUCUUCAGAAAAUGUAUUAAAAUUUUGGAAAUUAGUACCAAAAGAAGACUUUCCUGCAACGUGUGAUCUUGCCUUGCAGAUUUCAAGCAGAUUUGGAUCAACAUAUAUUUGCGAAAAAGCUUUUUCUACUCUAACCUAUGUCAAAAAUAAAUAUCGUAGUUCGUUAACUGCGCCUCAUAUUUCAGAUUUGAUGUUGUUAUCAACAUCAGAUUUAUCACCAGAUAUUGAAAAAUUAUUAGCUAAUAAGUCUCUUCAUAGGUCUCACUGAUGUUUUUUUUUAAAUAUUAUUAAAAAUUAAAACAUGUGAAAUUUAGAAUGUUGUUUAAUUUAAAUACCUAUUUGUUCUAUCUAAUUAAGUAUCUAUUGAAAAUAGAAUUUUAGAUGAAUUAUAAGUGUAAGAAAAUCUUGUUCAUAACAUGGCCCACCAGCUAAAUGUAAUUGCAAUUAUAGCCCGCUUCCAAAAUAAAUUGGGCACCCUUGGUAUAGAGUGUGAACUUUCAGCCCAUGGUUCUAAAAUCUGCAUUACAGUGGCGCACACAGGAUUUUUUUUUUGGGGGGGGGG